ACAGUGAGUGUACUAAUGACAGAAGCACUUUGUGUAAUUUUUUUAAAAGUAUACAUUAUGAUGAGAUGGCCAAUUAUACCAAGGCACUUUAUGAUGUCUAUAACACGAAUGCAGUCUUCUAGUAUAGCUACUUCCAAAAAGCUUCAUUUAGAUGAAUCAAAAACAUCUGACAAUAUUGUUGCUAAAGCUUUUGAGUCGCUAAAAGAAAUUGAUAAUGCUAAAUCAAAAAAUUCAUCUAUCUUUAUUAUAAAUAAUAAAAUUGAUAAUGCUACUACCGUUGAAGAACUAUUAUCAAUAUCAGAUCUAGGAUUAAUCAAUAAACAACAUGCACUUAAAGCGGUAUCUACUUUAGCUGACUGGGCUUCUUCUGGUCGAACUCAAUUGCAUAACUUUGAAAGUGAUCCAAGAUUUUUAAAAUUAUGUAAAAUGUUGGGCAAGGACAGCUCAAAAGGUAAAAACAAUUUAUUUAGUGACCUAUCUACAGUUCUGGGAAUCACAGGAGAUGAUGAAGCAGCCAAACUUAUUUCUUCAAUUAGUUUGUCCCAAAUGGUCAAAGUAUUAUCAACACUUGGUGCUAAGAAAAAACGUUCAACAACAUUAAUGAGAUCAUUAGCAUUUAAUAUUGGAAGAAGUUCUGAAAAAUUAGAUAUUAAACAAUGUGCUGAUAUAUUAUAUGCUUUAGCUGUAUUGAAUUUUCCUGAUGAAGUUCUACUUGAAAAAGUUGGUGCAGAUUUACGUAAAACACUGUCCACUAAUGAUCGAUUUUCAGUUAUUGGAUCUAUAUUAACUAGCAUUGGCAUUUUACGUUACAGAGAUGCAGAAUUAUUGGAAUCCUUAUCGAUUUGGGUAGAAAAACACAUGAAUGAUUGUAAACCAAGCAUAUUAACAUCAUAUUUAUUAACAUUAGCUUAUGUUAAUUACAAACCUAUUAAUAUGGAUAAUAUAAUUAAAGUAUUCACUGAUAUUAAACACUUUAAUGAUGCUGGUAAUAUAAAUACAUGGCUUGAUAUUGUCUGGAGUUUAGUUGUAUUAGAAAAAGCAAACAAUGAUCAUUUAGAAUCAGUUUUAUCAUCGGAUUAUGUUUCAAAUCUUCUGAAAUUAAAAGGUAACAUAGUCAUGUCAAUAAAACUGCUUAACAUAAAUGGAUAUGCCAAGAACAUAUUACCAUACAAAGGACCAUUACUGGAUCCCAAUUCUGAUAUUUUCAAAAUUGAAUUAGUGAAAUCAAAAGAAAAACAAGUCUUAAUGACAACAAUGAUGGCUGUUUUAUCAAUGAUGUUCCCAUCAGAAAAUUUUGUAAAAAUGGAUGUUAAUACAAAUUUAGGAUUUAAUAUUGAUGCAGAAUGUGUGAUUGAUUCAAAAUUAAAUCCUAUUCCAUUUGACAGUCCCAAGGUGAAGAGUCCAGAUUCUUACUCAGUUGCUUUUAUGUUGACUGGAUUUCAUGAUACAUGUAGAGGUUGUCACAAUGAACCCAAUGGAAUUGUAGUACUUAAUACUAGACUAGCUAAGUAUCUUGGCUACAAAGUAUUAUCUGUUCCUUACACAGAAUUUGGAUCCCGGGAAAAUGUAGUCAACAGUGUUAAAUAUCUGAAAGAAAAUCUUAGAAAUAUCAUAAAUGAACCCUAGUGUAAAUAGUUCUGUAUUGUCUUUUUAUUGUUUGUAUCUUGAAUACAUUAAUGUUUAAAUUCAUAUGUUA